UCAGGCUUCGCCCCCCGGGUCGUCCGUCCUCUGCCUCGUUACGCACAGUAGGUCCAAGGGCCGCCUGGUGAGGCUCGGGGUGCCGGACGCCUCCGUGGUCUGCUACGACGAAGUGAUGGAAGGGCUCGUCACCCAGGCCUGCCUCAACCCGGGCUUUUCCACGGUAUGGACCAACAUGCUGUCGUGCAUGCCGGAGGCCGACUAUCUGCUCAAAGCACGAGGGGCUGAGCAGGAUGUGACCAGAGACCCGGAAUCGACGGCGUUGUUUGAGACAGAAACGGAGUACUUACGGUCUUUGCGGCGAGUUACGCUGCGGUUUCGACUGACCUGCUUCGCCGGAGAGUGCGCGGGGGACGCGGCGAUCGAGCUUCACGAGAAGUGCGGCUGCAUCCUGUUCGCUCUCAUCUGUAACGCCUGUUCUGGCGGCCACAUGAGGAGAGUCAAGUGCGGGGCAAGCAAGCGAGGGCGGUGCUGCGUGCGAGUGCAUCCGGAUUAUGGAGCCAUAAUUUCGAAGGAUGACGUGGGCGUGUUCAUCAGCGCGAAUCACGAGUCAGCUGACCUUUUGGCACGAUACUGCACCGGAAGGGCAACGUCUGGAGCGGUUGCUACGACGGCCCCAUCUAAGGCAUCAGGAAGGUCUCUCCGGCGAGAGGGGUGGGUCAAGAACGCCUUCCUCGUGGCGGAAAACCCGCCGGCCGGUAAGCGGCAGCAUGGGACCCAAGAAAACAGGCGAAGGACUGCUUUGAGCAGUGACGGUCCUUUCGAGCGCACAAUCUGGUCCGACGCCCACGACGCGAGGGGUGACGCUUUCACACCCUCGAUAUUCCCCCUCGGCGAAAGCCUGGUCGGAACUCCACCGGGGGCCGUUCUCGUGGUCGCUCAGUCGCUGUCUUUCGCGCUGGGAGUGGUCCUCUCCCUGUGCGAGGCCGGCGCUGAUCUUGAUAUCGAGGGUUCGCCAGCCUUGAGCGUUGUCUGUUCCCCGACCUGGUGGGACCCGGUUGCCGACGAGCGCGCAGAACGAGAGCUGGCGGCCCGUUUCCCCUGGGUCCGACUCGUCAAGCGGGAGACCGAGUGCGAGUGCUUGCUCGAAGUGGGCGCCGACAAGGCCGGCCUUAUCUGCGUCGUGUCCAGCCGGCCGGAAGACAAACCGACUACGCAGAAGACCGGCGGCGGCGGCGGGGGCGGCGGCGGCGGUGACGGCGACGUGCUCGGGGACCACAGCGGCCGGGGGCAGGGGUCGGACGUGUGGGCCAUGGGGGUGGUCGUCGACGUCCUCGGCUCGGUGUCGGAGUCGACGCGGGUGGUGGUGAGGUUCGACGACUCUGCCAGCGCCGAGCAGCACCAGGUCAUCAGCGCGCACGUGCGGCGGCGAGAACAUGAGCGAGAGACCGGGCGUCGGGAACGGGCCGCCACAGAAAGCGGAGAAGAGCAGGGAGAGGAUAACUCAUUCGACGGCCGGAAAGAGCAGACAGACGAUCCUAGCCAACAGCACCACGAUGCGGGCAUGACGGUGGAAGACUCGGUCGACUUCGGCUACAGCGCCCGGGCUGGGGUUGGUGGAGGCGGGGUCUACUUCGACGACACUCGAGGCGUGGUGCGUGAGGGGUUUGACGAUUUUUUCGGCACCAUGUCAGGGUACGUGUCCGGGGACGUCGUCAUCGGCGAUGCCGCCGAGCUUCUCUUGCUUCAGACCAUGUUGGCGCCCGACAUCCAGCUUCUCAUGAGCGACGUCAUGCACCUCGUGUCCCGCGUCCCCAUCGAGGUCCUUUGGCCCGAACAUUCUCCCAAAGCACGAGAAACAGUGGUCGGAGACAACAAUGACAGCCGCGGCGACGGCGACAUCAGAAGAAGUUGGAUACGCCCUGUAACGUACGGAGAGGCCUUCCGGUUGCUCCUGGAAGACCGAGACCUGUUGGCUCUGGGGCUUCAUCGCCCGCCGACCCACGGUCGAGGACCCAGAAAAACGGGUAGACGCGAGCGAUGGCGCUGCCCGGGUGGGUCGCGGUACGUGGCGAUCAACAGCCCUAGUGCGAGCUUUGCCCUUCGAGACGGCGACUGCUUUUUCGUCCUGCGACGACGGAGCCGACCGGUGAGCGCAUCCAACUCAGAGCCCGCGGUCGAUCCUCAGGUUACCGGUACCUGUGUGCCAUCCGGCGGUCGUGCCACGGCCGCACUUGCGGCAACCGCCGCCGAUGCCACUGAAGAGACGACCACGCCUGGGAAGGACACGCCGGAAAGAUUACAUGGGUGAAGAUUGCCCCGGGAACGUACAGUUGAACAAGCGCGAAAUGACUUCUGGGCCGCCUUACGCCCCCGCCCGAGUAGAGCACCCGUCUCGGCGGACAUGGUGUAGUAUCGGCGGAUACCACUAGACAACCGCGGCCGUGGUGGCAUGGAAUACGCGCCGCGUUUGAGAACGGCCGCGCAAUUACGAAAACUCCCCUUCGAGGAAAAGCGGCUCAAAAUUUCGCGAAAUGCUGUAGAAGGAUAAUCGGAACACACCUCAGCGGUGGAUCCUACCCUAAGCUUGUCAUACUGCUGUCGCCGGUCGCCCCGGUGGUCUAUUGGUAUCCUCGUAAUCCGCUAGUCGCAGCGGUCGUGAGUUCGAAUCCCCAUGGGGUGAAAAAUUUACGAAAUUUGCGGGUGAAAGCGGAAUAGAGCUGACAAGCUCUCGUGAGUACCAAACUUCGACGUUAGCACCGUUGACGAGGGAAAGGGGCGGCUGGACCCUUCUCGCGAUAAAAGUAAAAUUCAGCACGCACCGCACGAGGAAGGUGGGGCAUGAAAAGAAAUAUAAAGAAGAAACAAGCCCUGGUGUUUACCCCCU